UCAGGCUCACGGGGUACUCAAAGGGAACUCAAGUGCGUUCACACAGAAGGCAACUGGACGGUCAAGAACGUCCCGACGACGGUCGAACCGGUUCAAAAUGAUACGGUGCUUCUGCCCUGCUACGUCAACGAUUUAGAGAGCCCCGUGGUCGUAAAGUGGUGGCGAGACGGUAAACAGUUGGCCGAAAGUGGCGAUUCCGACCUAAUUCCUGCCCCUCGGAUAACGAUGCACAGCAAUAAUAGCCUCCAAGUUUCUCGCAUACAACCGGAAGACACGGGACAAUAUGUUUGCGAGGUCUCGAGACCGGCGCCCUGGGGCCGUGUCACACAAGCUUACGCUAUUCGAGUCAAGUACCCCCCAAAAGUCGUUCAAGCUGUACCGGAGUCGGGGGAGCUCGAGGUGAAUCUUGGCGACGAGGUUGACAUGUAUUGCGUCGCGAAUGGAUAUCCAGUUCCUGUGAUAUCUUGGAAAAUGAAGGACAUGGACAUGCAGUUGUUGGACGACAGACCUCGCUUGCGGUUCCUCGCUGAGAACCGAACGCUCGCUGGCCGUUAUACAUGCGUUGCUAAUAACGGCAUCGGUGAGCCGGCACAAGCUGUAAUGGAGCUGCGAAUUAAACACAAACCGGAGAUCGAGACGAAGAAGAGAUGGGUUCACGUCUCGCCGGGAAUUCGUACUCAGCUUGAUUGCGAAGUUGCUGCUUGGCCCGAAGCUCACGUCGACUGGUUUUUCAAGAACGAGCAAAUCGUUUACGACUCGAGGAUAGUGAAACACACGUCCGGCCAGACGCACAGUCUUGUCAUCAGAAAUGUGAGAGCCCGUGAUUACGGUUACUAUUUGUGCAGAGCUGCGAAUUAUCUUGGCACAAAGGAGAAAGCGAUCGAAUUAUCGGGCGUUGCGAAUCCGGCUGUAAUCAAGGGAUCGAGAAGCGUUGGAAAAAACGCCUAUUACUUCGUGUGGGAAGUCGACAGCUACAGCUCCAUUAUCGAGUAUCAAUUUUGGUUUCGCAACUAUCCGUCGGGUGACUGGCACAAACUGUUUAUACCGAGCGGCAGCGACGCCAUUGGACCUCUUCAUUCGAAAUCAUUCAACUUAACUGGACUGAAAGAAGCCACGCACUACGAAGCUCUCGUCCUGUCGAGAAAUCGCUAUGGCUGGAGCGGCCCUUCGAAGGUCAUUCGUUUUGCAACCGAAGGAGCUCUACCGCAGCCCGACGAUCGAUACAAAGUCGGAAAGGCUUUCGAGGAAUCAGCCACGGACAAUAAUAUCGUCAUUUUAGAUCCGAUGUCUCAGCAUUAUCCCACAUUCAUGGAAGGCACGAAGGGUUCUUCAUCCUCGCCGAGAAUUCAGCUGUUCGUGGUACUUUCGAUGGCAUUCACUGCAGUUUCACGCUUUUUUUUGUAGUAUUGUUAUACGACUCGAUUCAAGAGCGGUAUAAAUGACAUUUUUCUCGCCUCGAUUUCUAAGUCUCGUUUGUAAAUGAACUCAUGGUAAGAAUAACUAUUUAUUGUUUGUUACUACUUUGAUUGAAUCGUUAUCAAAGUUGUGGGCGUAAAGUCGCUGCGUCGAUGGAUUCUAACUGUGAAAUAAAUUUUCAUUAAUUUUCGAA